AUAAAUUAUGCUCCUUUUUUAUUACAAAAUAUGAUUGCACUUUCUAACAUUUGGCGAAUGGGCAGCGAGGGAGAUAAAAAUAAUAACCAGAGAUAACGUAGAAUAGUGGGACGAUGAGAAAAUCUUUUAGGGAAAGUCUCCAUUAAAUUGACUCCCGCCCUCACUCUUCCCCAACUCAGCAGCUCCUCUCUCUCCAUCGGGAACAGAGGGGGAAGAUGGAGCUAAUGGGCAAUGGAGGUGGAAGGGUGAACCAGGAGUAUCCGAUGGGAAAGAGAAAGACGAUGGCGAUGGAACAGGAUAUGGACGCCGGAAUGGACGAGCUGCUCGCAGAACUCGGAUAUAAGGUUAGGUCCUCGAGCAUGGCGGAUCUGGCACAGAAGCUGGAGCUGCUGGACCGAGCUAUGGGGAACAGCUCCGCGUUGGACGAUAUCUUUCUUUCUCAUCUCGCUUCCGAUUCCGUCCACUAUAACCCUUCCGAUAUGUCGAGGUGGGUCGACAACAUGCUAUCGGAGCUCGACGCGCCGCCAUCGGCGACGUUUCCAAGCCCUAGUGUUGUCGAUCUUUCUCCUAUCAAUGUAUCUUCCUGGUUGGGAUACCCAGCCCAACCAAGUCUCUCUAUCCAAUCUGAUUGCGGAUCGGAUUCCCAUCUAGGCUUGGAAUCAAGAGAGUGGAAGCGGAUUAGGACCGCUUCUUCUUCGGCCGAUUGCAGCGGUGGAUUGAUCCGGCCAUCGGAGGUAGUUUAUUCGUCAGCUAUGCCGAUGAUGAUGGUGGAAUCUGAUCAUGAAGCCGGCAUCCGUCUAGUCCAUGCUCUGGUAGCCUGCGCGGAAGCUAUUCAAGAAGAGAAUUACAAAUCGGCGGAUGCUAUUAUGAAACAAAUCACCUUCCUCACCUCCUCCCAACAUGGCGCGAUGCGCAAAGUCGGUGUGUACUUCGCUGAAGCCCUGGGCCGACGAAUCUACAGCCUCCACCCCAAGCAAGACCACUACCUUGACUCCGCCUUCUCCGACAUCCUUCAAAUGCAUUUCUAUGAAACUUGCCCUUACCUCAAGUUCGCCCACUUCACCGCCAACCAAGCCAUUCUCGAAGCCUUCGCCGGCCACCGACGCGUUCACGUCAUCGACUUCGGUAUAAAACAGGGGAUGCAAUGGCCCGCUCUAAUGCAAGCCCUCGCCCUCCGCCCCGGCGGCCCUCCUUCAUUCCGCCUCACUGGAAUUGCCUCACCCCAAUCGGACAACUCCGACUCGCUCCAAAAACUCGGCUUAAAACUCGCCCAGCUCGCCAGAACCAUCAACGUUGAAUUCGAGUUUCGCGGCUUGGUCGCCAACUCCCUCGCCGAUCUCGAGCCUUACAUGCUCGACGUCGAACCAGAGGUAAUCGCCAUCAACUCUGUCUUCGAACUCCACGGCCUCCUAGCACUUCCUGGAGCAAUAGAGAAGGUGCUCGACACGGUCCGCUCAUUGCGGCCGCGGAUUGUAACAACUGUGGAGCAGGAAGCGAACCACAACGCGGAUGGAUUCUUGGAGCGGUUCACGGAAGCGUUGCAUUACUACUCGACGCUGUUCGAUUCUAUGGAUGGUGGCAGCGACGAGGGGUCGCCGGAGAAAUUGAUGUCGGAAGUGUUUGUUGGAAGGCAGAUCUGUAACGUGGUGGCGUGCGAAGGGUUUGAGAGAACGGAGAGGCACGAGACAUUGGAGCAGUGGAUGUUGAGGAUUCGUGGGGCGGGGUUUGAAUCUGUGAACCUCGGAUCGAAUGCAUUUAAGCAGGCGAGUAUGUUGCUUGCGCUGUUUGGUAGGGGAGAUGAAUAUCGGAUUGAGGAGAAGGAAGGCUGUCUUACGCUUGGUUGGAACAAUCGGCCGCUCAUCGCCACCUCCGCUUGGCGUGUUGCCGGCGCCGGCGAUGGUGUGGAAGCUGCGCGGUGAUUCUCUUUUGAUGGAUAUUGCUAAGGCUUAGCGGUUGGCUAAACCGAUCACGGAACUUUUUUUUAUUUUUUUAUUCGCGUUUU